CCCUGGUCGGGUGUUUUAUUUUGAAAACACCGGAAGACGAGACCGGAAGACUUCUCAUUUUGUCCAAAAUACAAUCGUAAACUAGCCAAACCUGCCAGUUAAUGUUAUUAAUAUAGGGGAGGAUGAGCAGCUCUGAAGAGGUGUCUUGGAUAUCCUGGUUUUGCGGACUGAGGGGGAAUGAGUUCUUUUGUGAGGUUGAUGAAGACUACAUACAGGACAAGUUUAACUUGACAGGGUUAAAUGAACAGGUGCCCCACUAUCGCCAGGCUCUGGACAUGAUUCUGGACCUGGAGCCAGAUGAGGAACUUGAAGACAACCCCAACCAGAGCGACUUGAUAGAGCAGGCAGCAGAGAUGCUCUAUGGCCUUAUUCAUGCACGCUACAUCCUCACAAACAGAGGCAUUGCACAGAUGUUGGAAAAGUAUCAACAAGGGGAUUUUGGUUAUUGUCCCAGGGUCUAUUGUGAAAAUCAGCCUAUGCUUCCUAUUGGGUUGUCGGACAUCCCAGGAGAAGCCAUGGUGAAGCUGUAUUGCCCAAAGUGCAUGGAUGUGUACACCCCUAAGUCCUCCCGACACCAUCACACAGACGGGGCCUACUUUGGGACAGGAUUCCCUCACAUGCUUUUUAUGGUCCACCCAGAGUACCGUCCAAAACGACCAGCCAACCAGUUUGUGCCAAGGUUAUAUGGUUUCAAGAUACACCCAAUGGCUUAUCAACUCCAGCUUCAAGCUGCUUCAAGCUUCAAGAGCCCAGUGAAGACAAUUCGCUAAAACUCAACUUUGACCAAGACAGUGCGUACAGACUUUUUUUUUUUUUUUUUUUUGCCAUUUACUACUUGUUUGAAGCAAUGGAUUAUGUAAUCCCAAUAAAGGCUUGUACAUAACUCUCAACACAUCUCAACAUCAAUAGAUACAUUUAAGUCCUAUUUUAGAUCCUGUCAUUUUCUCCUUUGUUAAACAUGUGUCCCCAUUAUUAUCAUUUCUAAAGCAUCCAUUUCCUGCUAUUGUUUUACCUUGAUUUAUAUAAAAUUUAAGUCUUGUUUUCCUUAUUCAGAAAAGUAAUUGUAUUUCAGUGAUGUCAUUAUGAGAUUUGGUUUAAGUGUAUAGCUUGCAUUGUGGCUAAUUCCUUGUAAUUGGAUUUAAGAGGAAAUCUUGCCACUAGUCCUAGACAGGUCUACCUAAUGAGUUAUACAGUGGGUUGUUACUUUAAAAGAUGACGUUAAAUUUGGAUAAUAUCACAUUUGCCUUUUCUGCAUAACAAAUGCUGCAAUGUGCAUAAGCUUUGCUCCUCUCAGGGUGAGGGCAUCAUUUGUUGAUAACAGCAGCAGAAGCACAUGAUCAGUAUGUUUACAAGAAACACACAACUCUAUAUUAGAGAUUGAAAGUCAGGCUACUGUCUUGAAGAUGCACAUUUGCUUGAUUUCCAUUUUAUUACAGUUACAGUAUUCCAUUUCAAUGAAUGAGUGACUACAUCUCCUUCAUUAUUAAUGCACCAGAAACAUCAACAUAUUCCUAAUAAUUCUCUACUUGCAGCUAUACUAUGUUUACACUAUGGUACUACAGUCUAGAAACAUGUUACAGCUUUUUUCUGUCUCAGGAGGUUGAUGAUGAUAAUCCUGUUGAUUGACUGGUCUCAAAAAUGCAGCUGCAUCCACUAUGAAACAAGUGAAUGGCAUUAAAUAUUUAUUUCGUAUGAAGAUCUCA